AUGGCAUAUGCAUACUAUUUAUACGACACCUCCGGGCGCCCACGCCCUGCGGGCCUGACGGCAGCGCCGAUAAUGCCCAUGAACACUCCCACAUCGCUCUCGACGGAGAGCGUAUAUAAAAUUCAGCUAAUGCCACUCCUUUCCGCGCUGCGUUCUAUCCACCCGCGACACAUUCCCGUAUUGCUUCUACUCGCCUGCACUCACCAUACGCUCGGUGACUACCAGACGAGUAUCGCCCUCAGCUUCGAGGCCCUAUCUAUUGACCCGGAAUGCGUAGAGGCAAUGUCCAACUUGGGCACCACUUACAAAGCCCUCGGCCGGGAAGACGAUGCAUUUGAGUGGUGGAUGAAGGCCUUGCGCAUCCGACCCACCUAUUGGGACGCUAUGGACAACAUACUUGGCAAGUUAUUCGACGUGGCACAGAACACGCCAGAUAACAAUCGCCGCAGGGAGGCGUACUCCCAGGCCCUGCGCGUGUGCGAGUCUGUUAUCGGCCAAGUCGUACAGGACGAUGGCCGACUCAGGAUACCCGUGCGAACCGACGAGAUGCAUCGUCUUCAGCGAAUGUUCUUCACCACAGCCACAUUGCGCACUCUGCUCCCACCGAACGGGAUUCUCGAUGCCAUGCAGGACUAUUGGAGGGCCAUUGAGCUCGUGCUCCGCCCACCGCAGCCCUACGGAGACGAUGAAUGCUACAACAUGCGCGAUCUCCUCGUGGCCACUUGCGUCGCAGGAUACAUAAUAUCCUCUGCAUCUGACGGACCGGUCCCCGACGCGAUCGUGGAGAGCCUGAGCCUCGAGGGCCAGCCACCGUUCUCGGAGCUCAUCCAUCGGCCACCCCUAGACCUUUUUCGCGUGGUGCACGCGUCGGGCGAGCGCGCACUCAACGCGCUGCUGCAUAUCGGCGGUGGCGUCUUCCCGACGCUGCUCCUGCUCCCGGACCAGAUCAUGCGCCUCCAGAUGGUGUUAUUCCCCUUCUCGCUUGGUGUCGCACCCGCUAUCUGCACGCGUAACCCGCACACUGGCCACCUCGACUUGCCUCACGAGAGCAUGCGCCAGAAGACGAACCUCAUGACAAGCACGGUCUUGCUCACGCUGGCGAAGCGACUGCAGGACGAGUCCCUCGCGAAUCUGCGCCUCCCUGGGCUCGGUGGCCCGGUCAACGUCAGUGUCUCAUUGGUACUGUUGCUUUACUACGUGGCGGUGUCAAUAUCGCCCUCGCCGUCGACGUACAACAAUCUGGGUAUACUCCUGUGCGCGCUCUCUAGCAGCAGGGAUAUGCCGAGAACCCACGGGCAGAACCUGCUCAACGGCCCGGCCCUCGCGAGAUUUUACUACCAAGCCGGCCUGCAACUGGACCCAGAACAUCCGCAUCUCUUGACAAAUUUGGGAUCGCUUCUAAAAGACCAGGGCCGUGUCGAGGAAGCCAUCGAACUGUACAUGAAGGCUAUAAGAAGGAAGCCAGAUUUCGAUAUUGCUCUUGCCAACCUAGGUAACGCUGUCAAGGAUCUGGGUCGAUCCUGGGAUGCCAUCGAGUACUAUCGCCGCGCUAUUAGCCUCAAUCCUGACUUGCCCGAGGCCACGUGCGGCCUGGUGAACUCACUGUCUGCGAUAUGCGACUGGCGCGGGCGCGGGUCUGUCCCCAAUGAGAUGGGUGUGGACGAGAACGGUGGGAUUAUCAUGCCCAGCCAGACUGGGACCCCCGGCUGGAUUACCAAGAUGAUCGAGAUUUGCGAGCGUCAGAUCGACGCUGCGUACAUGCAGACUGUCGGCAUCAUGCAGAAAUCCGCGACCAAGGAGGAGUGGCUGCAGGUCGUGGAGAAUGCGCAGGGUCGCGCGCUACGCGAGGACGAAAGGGCGCACUGGCUCGAGUGCCUGCAGCGCUACUACGACGGUGACGACCGUAUGCGGAACGGCAUCAACGAGGUUGGGUUCGUGAUUCGCUUCAUGGACUGGGCGCAGCCUAGGCUGCAGCGCCAGUGGUACAUCCAGGCAUUCGGCAAGAUUGUCUCUUCGGAUGAGCCCAUGUUCGAUACGUCGCCGGAGCUGGAGCGUCGCUUCCUGAGGCCGGUGCUCCCGGCUAACAUGACGAGCCCGCCCGUCCCGUCCGUCCUUCCCUUCCAUACGUUUACGUACCCGCUUAGCCUCCGGGCCGCGCGUCUUGUUGCCCAUCGAAAUGCGCUCCGGAUCUCGUUCAUGGCGCAUUCGCAAACCUGGCUUCCGCCGCAUGUCUACCGCCCGCCUCCGCCUCCGCUAAACGGUAAAUUGAACAUUGGUUAUGUCUCGAAUGACGUGAACGACCAUCCGCUCUCGCAUCUGAUGCAAUCGGUGUUCGAACUGCACGAUCGCAAUAAGUUCAAUGUCUUCCUGUACACAACUAGUCCAUGGGACGGCACUGAGUACCGCCCGCGCAUCGCAUCGCGCGUCGAGUAUUUUCGCGACGUGUCGACCUGGUCCGCGCGUGAUAUCAUAGACGAUAUCUCGCGUCAUAACAUACACAUUCUAAUUAACCUCGGUGGUUACACCAAGGGUGCUCGGAACGACAUAUUCGCAGCUCGUCCUUGCCCUGUGCAGAUGCAGUGCAUGGGAUAUGCGGGCACCUUGUCGGCAGGUUGGUGCGACUACCUUCUCUGCUGCAUCAUUUCAUGUCCCCCGGACAUGAGUGCUGCGGAGUUCUGGCGCAAAAACCGCGGGAAGGACAAAGAGCAGACGCAUGUCAUCUUUGAUUUCGAUGCUGAUGCCGAUCCGGAGUCUCGCUCGAACGAAUGGAUGUACACUGAAAAGUUUAUCAACAUUCCGCAUUCCUUUAUGGCCACUGAUCACAAGCAGUCAUUCCGCGAGGACGAGGGCCUCACGGUGCAAGAGAGGGCUCAGGUACCUCCUGAGGAGUUGUGGCGGAAUGAAGAGAAGCGAAGAGCGACUAUGAGACGGCAGAUCUUCCCCGACCUACCCCAAGAUGUAGUGAUUUUUGCCAACUUCAGCCAGGUAAGGGUAUGUGCACAUUCCGCCAUUUUUGCCGUAUGGCUUAGGAUACUUACGCAAGUACCGCGUAGCAUCCUCUGGCUCCUGCGGUUCCCCGCAGCCGGCGAGGAGCAUCUUCUGCGCACAGCCAGAGACUGGGCAGGUGAGGAAGUCGCGUCACGGAUACGCUUCACGAAUGUGGCAAAAAAGGACGAACAUGUCUAUCGCGGGCGUGUAGCCGACCUCUUCCUCGACACGGCUGAGUGCAAUGCGCACACUAUAGCGGCUGAUGUUCUCUGGACUGGUACACCUAUUCUCACAAUACCCAAGCACCCUCAUAGAAUGUGCUCCCGCGUCGCGGCGAGCAUGGCAGGCGCGACAGGGUUCGGCGACCUAAUGAUCGUCGAGAACGUGGAGGAAUAUGAGCACCGCGCAGUCGACUUCGCGAGAAGCGUGAAGUAUGUCGACGAGCAGGACCCCACAGGUACGACGAUACCAAGGGGACGCGGGGAGCUCAUCAAGCUCCGCCGUAACAUUUUCUUGAACCGGGACAGAGCGCCUCUCUUCGAUACUAUGCGCUGGACUCGCAACGUCGAGAAGGGCUACCGAGAAGCGUGGAAACGGUGGGUAGAAGGGACACAGUACGAGAUGUCGGAUGAGUGGGAGAGGAGCGAAGGGGAUGUGAAAGACAGCAGUAUCAUCUGGAUCCCAGACGAGGAUCCCCCGGAAAUUAUCAUAUAUGAUUGA